AUUGAAUAGUAGUGUGGCAGCAAGCAUGUAAACUCCUCCUCGGACCCGUCUGCGACAGGAAAAAUUCUGGCAUGCCAAUAAAAUCUCCCAAAGGCUGCCGCCAGGAGACAACUUGCCAAUUGUGACCCCGGGUCCUCCAGCAUGAUGUUGUCCCGCUCCUCCUCCGCCAUCCCAUCCCCGACGGCCCUGCUGAAGUCGAACCCCCUGACUGCCCUGCAUGCGAGCAUGGGUACGGUCGUGACGAGCGAGAUCACACCGCAAGUCUUCGUCGCGGACUGGUUCGUCGCACAGAACUGGGACGCCCUGGCCGCCAUGGGCAUCACGCACGUCGUCAGCGUGUGCGAGAUCCCGCCGAUCGUCAGCAGCAAGAUCGGGCACCUACACGUGUGCAUCGUGGACCUGCCCAUCGCGGAUAUCUCGGAGCACUUCGUGAAAACGACGGCGUUUAUUCAGGACGCGCUCGCGAAGGAGGGCGGGAAGGUGCUGGUUCACUGUCUGGGCGGCCUGAGCCGGAGCAUUUCCGUCGUGUGCGCGUACCUCAUCGCCGCCAAGGGCCUGACCGCCGACGAGGCCAUCGCCUUCACCAAAGACCGCCGUAGCAUCGCGCAUCCCAACGGCGGCUUCCGCGCGCAGCUGCGCGGCUGGGCGCUCAAGCACGGGCUGAAGGACACGGACGACAUCGACGACUACCUGAAGGAGGAGACGCUCGCCGGCGCGGCCGCGUCGCGCCUCGGCCUCUCGAAGCUCCCGAAGCUCCCGGGCUCGGGGCUGCUCCACCGCGGGUCCGUGCGCAAGAUGGUGUCGGACAGUGUGGGGAGGCUGGCGGGGCACGGCGGGAGCGAGUCGGAGGUGCUCAAAGUCGCGCGCGAGAAGGCCCUGGGCCCUGAUUGGGUGGGGUCCACCACGGUCGUCACGCGCACGAGCGUGAAUCCGGAUAACACGGUGAACGUCGACGUCGCGGUGGCUGCUGAGAUUGUCAAAGUCUGAUUAGUGUGUGUAUUAUCAACUUACUUAUCUCCAUGUAUCAAGUACGAGCGCAACCAGUCCAAUUUCGAGAUUGCA